AGAGUUUUUAAGGCUUCACAGUAUUAUUGGAGCGUUCACAGCGAUCACUGCUUAAUCAUAACAAAAGCUUGUACAUUAAUUGGGUUGUUCUUAUUUAAGUAGUUAAUAUUUUUUAUACAGAAAAAGACGAAAAGUGAAGAUGCCAAUUGUUCAAACUGUACUCGGUGCCAUUGAACCAAAUCUGUUGGGCCGUACUCUCACCCACGAGCAUCUGGCAUUGGAUUUUGAGGGAUUCUACUGUGAACCACCUGAGGAAUUCAAAUCGUAUUUAAACAAGAAAAUUAGCCUUGAAACGAUCGGCUACGUACGUCAAUAUCCCUACUCGUCGCAUGAAAAUGUUCACUUUUAUGGCGAAGAGGUUAGCGAAGCGGUCAAGAAAGAUGUGGCGCUAUAUAAGAAAUUAGGUGGCGGUUCAAUAGUGGAAAAUAGUUCACAUGGACUAAAACGCAAUUUAGAACAUUUUGUCGAUGUGGCAAAAAGCACUGGAGUUCACAUAAUCGCUGGCACUGGCCAUUAUGUACACAAUUUGCAGGAGAAGGACCAUUUGAGUAUGUCCGUUGAGCAAAUGACCGAUUUGUAUUCAAGAGAAAUCAUCACUGGUGUUGAAGUGGAAGGUGUCGGCAUGGUGAAAUGUGGUUACAUUGGUGAAGUGGGUAGUGUCUAUCCGCUACAUGAUUUUGAAAAGCAUGCAAUACGCGCAACCGGUGAAAUACAAGAAGUACUCGGUUGCGGUGUUUCAUUUCAUCCUGGACGUGAUGCAGAGGCGCCAUUCGAGAUAAUGCGUCUGUACUUGGAAGCUGGUGGACGCGCUGACAAAGCCAUUAUGUCGCAUGUGGAUCGCACCCUUCUCGAUGUCGAUCAAUUGCUUGAGUUCUCUAAAUUAGGCAGCUAUAUUCAAUACGAUCUCUUUGGUGCCGAGUGUUCAUUCUAUCAACUUAAUCCUGUCGUUGAUAUGCCAUCGGAUGGUCAGCGUAUUUCUAAUGUUUUGAAAUUGUUAGAGGAAGGUUUAGCGAACAGAAUAUUAUUGUCUCAUGACAUACAUACCAGACACCGAUUGACUUCGUAUGGCGGUCAUGGCUAUCAUCAUGUGUAUAUGAAUGUUUUGCCACGUCUGUUCGCAAAAGGUGUUUCUGUUGAGGAUGUGGAGCAGAUAACUGUAACAAACCCCGCAAAUUGGCUGCAAUUCAACAUCUAAUCGUGAUGUUUAUGGGCUUAUUUUUAACUAUACGUUUCAAAGAUUUCUUCGCUUUAAUAAUUAUAUAUAUUCUACGAUGGUUUCAAAAAGUGUUGUUACAAAUUAUUAUUAUAAAGUUUGGCCUGAAGUUUAUUUAAAUUAAAUACAAGUAGUAUUUCUUAAAUAGAUUCAAAGCAUGACGUUCACGUGCGACUAUCAUUACAGCUAUAUGAAGGAUACAUUUAUGAAGGGUUUAAAUACUUACUUCACCUGACGAAGAAUUCUUAGCGGCGCACAAUGUUUUAUUUCCAUGUUCUAGAAAUAUUAAAUUUCGAAACAUCAAAAUUUUUUUUUAGAAAUGCUUGACAAAGUCGA